AACGUACCAGAAGGAUGUGCUUAUGUUAAUAGAUAUACCUAAAUAUAAAUAUAUUAUACGCGUUAUAUGUAGGUAUUAUACUGCCUUCCGCUCGUUUUGAUAUUAUCCUGUAAAAUAUAAACUUAUAAUACUAUCGUAGUAACGUAUAAAAAUGAUCACGAGUAUCUUUUUUCCAAUUUUUUUUUUAUUGAUAAUAAUUUCUAAAUCUACGUAUUGCACGGUGGAUUCUGGUAGCGGCGUUAAAAAUAUACAAAUCAAACCUUCACUACAACACGAUUUUCCAACCGUUGAAAAUCAAAAUUCUGUACCAGUGAGUAUUUAAAUAAAUAUUAAAUUAACUUAAUAAUUAACCGGGUUUUAUUUCUACAGAAAAUUACGGUGUCAGUAUACUACGGAAGCCUGUGCUCGGAAUGUGUGGAUUUAUUCGUACAUCAAAUAGGACCUAAUUUAGUCAAAUUUCACAAAUAUGUCAACUUUGAUUUUGUACCAUUUGGUAAUGCCGAAGUAAGAAGUGCUGUUUUAUUAUUUUUAGAUUCCAAGUAUAGCAAAAAGCUAAGAGUUUUAUUGUAAGAUGCGGUUCUUUUUUAUUGGAAAACUAAUUUGUUGCUAAUAAAAAUGGUAUGGUGGAAGAUACUUAAUUUGAACAUUUUUUUUAAAAAUUCCCAACAAUUUUUUUAAAUAAUUGCACCUUAUGUUUUCUUUUAAAAACACAUUUUUGGUACCUAAGUGAAAUGAUCCCAUUUGUUCAUGGCAUAUCUUGAUGUGGAAUUUUCGUCUGGUGGUACUACAUUACUUGACACCCUUUUUAUGAAUUUGAAAUUGUUUACAGUUCACUUUGUUACUUAGUUAAUUUUUUCUCGGAAAAACACUUUUUUGGUUAGUAAAAAUACUCUAGAUUAUUUGCUCGGCAUUUCUUUAUCUGUGAAAAAUGUCUAGACUUCUGAAAGUUUUUCUAUUUUUCUAUACAAAUUUUUAAAAAAAACUAAGAAAUGUCAAUGCACCGGUUAUAUUUAUGUUUGUUGAUUUCUGAAUUCACUUCGACUACAAAUCUUCAACGGAAAUUACAUGACUAACAAAUUCCUAUCAAAAACCCGUUUUUUAUUAUAACGCUUAAUUGUUAUUUUUAAUACAUAAAUUAAAUACCCUAUACCUAUAUACUAUAAAUUACAAAUUACCCACAGUGUAAAGUACGUCCGGCUUUUUAUUAUUUGGUAGAUAUCUUAUAUUAUUAAUAGUCUUUUUUUGAGUGAAAUCUUAUAGAUUUUUUGAAAUGUCAUAUUAUAAAAUUCAAAAGUACCAAACCGAAUAAUGCAGAGAUACAUUAGAGAAAUUAGUCAUUUAACAUAAUAUAGGUAAUAAUUAUUGUACGUGUGUUACAGAAAAAAUCAUUUGACGGAAGAUGGUAUUUUAAAUGCAAAAAUGGACCCGAUGAAUGUUCAAAAAAUAAAUGGCAAGCGUGUAGUAUACACAUAUUACCAUCUAAACUACAAUUAUUAGCUAAUUAUUUGGUAUGCUAUAUGAAUUCUACAGACAAAAUACUUUCGGGAUAUCAAGUAAGAAUAUUUUUCGCACGUAGGUAUUACUUCAGUAAUAAUAUGACUAAUAAUUAUGUUCGAAUAAUAUAAUACUUUCUAAAAUAACGAUAUAUGCUUAUUAUAGUUAGUUUACUUCACUAGACUAUAAUUUUCGCCUAGUUAUAAAAUUGUUAUUAGCAAUUAUUCAGGUAAUUUAAUUAUGAGCAUUUUUUUUCAUUAUUCUAUACUUAACCUUUCGAUUACAGAUUGUAUGAAUCGAACACGUAUAUACAAUACAGUACAAUAUUUUCCCAGAAAAAAUGUAAAACACAUGAUAUAAUUUUAAAAUAGAUGACCAUUUUUCAGUGCUGUAUACAAUUUUGAAAAUGUAUUACUAUAUAUACUACAGUCUAUUUCUUAGGAAUUAACACAUCCUGUAAUCUGGACGUUUUCAUGUUUGUGUCACAGCUAUAAAAACUAUUGUCAACAAUAACUACUCGUAUUUUAUUUGUGAAAUCAUAUAUGAUGAUUUUGUAGCAAUUAUUUUAAUCGAUACAAAAGAAAUCUGGAAAUGCGGCACGGUAAAAUAGUGCUUUCCCUUAUUCGUAUUACCUAGGUAUUACAUUUAUCAUUUUAAUUUCAAAAAUGUGAAAAUAGACUAGAUACCUCAUUAUUAUUUAUGUAUAUCGCGAUAAUAAUAAUAUAUAAUAAUCGAAUAAUAAUGCUAGACAAUUUUUGUAUUAAUGUUUUAAGUUUGAAUUAGUUAAUUAGUUAAUUAAUUAAUUAAUUACAACCUACAUCCGAUGUACCACUACAUAUACCUAUGACCUAUAUUUAUUAACUAUAAAAUUACUGUAAUUAUUGUGUGUAGUUAUAUUAAAUUUGUCUGUCUGUCAGCAACUUUUCUACCAUAAACUUUGCUCCGAUCAUCAACUGUAAGGGUGGUUUCUAGCAGAUAAUUUUUUUUUUUUAUUACAAUUCUUUUCAUAAUUAGCAAAACACGUAAGAAAAACAGCAAAAUAUACGUAAUAAUGGCUUUGUUAUAUUGAUUUUUUUGUAACUAGGGAAGAAUUAAUAAUAGAUAAUAAACAUUUUCAUCAAAUAUAUAUUAGUAUUUUCUAGAUAUGGUACAAUUUUUAAAAUAUUCUUGACAUUGUUGAUCUAUUUAUAGCUAUUUGAAAUUAUUUAAUUUUAGAUUUUGAAUGGAGCGAGAAAAGUAUUGAUUUUACAAUAAUGUUUAUUUAUUUUUCUGUAGAUAACUUUUCUACCAGAAAUUUUAUUCCGAUUUACAAUAAUAGCACUUUUUCUGAAAGGAAAUCUGACUGGGGAGAUACUUUAAGGAUAUCAUUUUUUUUGAUUUUCCCAGAAGUUUUCCCGACAAAUAGGAAAGACCAUAGGAAAACAUAAGAUAAAUGGGAAAAUAAGAUACAAUAUUAAACAAAUAUAAAAAAAAAAUAUACAAUGCAUAUGUAAUUAUUUGACUACAAUAUGGCAUACAAUAUAUUGCUGAAAAAGCAACACGAUCAACCGAACUCCGCUCAGAAUCGUUUUUUCAUUGGCAAUGGUUUAUCGUUGCGUACAAAUAUACAUUAAAUUUGCCCUCAGCCUUCUCAACUAAAACGAUGGUCCGCUCACGUACAAAGUAUGUCCUUUUUAUUGCAAAUCAGUAAAAAAUAUUCAUAGAGACUUGAGAUUAUGACAGAAACCCUUUGGCCUUUCCUAGACGUAUUAAAAUUUUCAAAACAUUUUAGAAAUUUUGAGCUAUUUAUAGAGAUUUUAAUUUUGGGAAUUGUUCACAUAAUUUUUAUUUGGUAGACACUCUACUCCGUGGAUGCAAUUUUUGACGAAACAGAAAUAUUUGAAAAUUCAUAAGGAAAUUCAUUAUAAUUUAUACCAAGUGGUAAAAAAAAAUUGAGUUUUAUGUAGUGGUAUUUUUUUUUUUUUUUUAUAUAAGAGUUUUAAAAUCAAAUUUGUAUGAAAAUCGUAAAUUCUACAGGCUUUCAAAACAUAUUAUGUAAAAGGACAUAUUAGGUUUAUAAAAUAACUUUUCUCCAAACCGUUUUUUAUUAGUAAUGGUUUAACAUGAGGUUCAUCAUAAGUUGUACGUAAUUGUAAAAAUAAAAUUAGUAAUUUUAUUAUAAUACUAUGGGAUAAAUUACGCAAUUACGAUAAUUUAUGAUGGUUUUUUCUACUUAAUUUAUUUUAGUGCACCAGAAAGUUGGGCAUGUACAGCGGAUAUUAUGGUAAAAUAAAAAAAUGUUUCAUAAAUAGAGAAUUAAGCGAUUCGUUGAUGAUUUACCAUAGCAAUCGAACGCGAACCGUUCUACCGACACAAUCGACUGUUAUACCUUACAUUGUAUUCAAUGGAGUGAGUGUUAUACAUAUAUGAAUAUAUUUUUGGUAAUUAUCGGUAAUAAUUUAUGUUAAUGUAUACAUUGACUUGUUUAUGGUUUAGGUGUACAACGAAUUUGAACAAGAUGAUGCCAAAAAUAAUUUAAGAAACGUCAUAUGCAAAUAUUUACAUCCUAAGCCGACUGAAAUAUGUUAAUUGUACAAUAAUUGUAUAAAUCGUAUAAUAAUUGUUAUAUUUGAUAACUUUAAACAUUCUCAUAUCUAGUCCAGUGUAUAAAAUAAAAACGUGAAUAUGGUUUAGCGGGAAUUCAAUUUAUUGAGAUAAAUCUGGAAUCUCGAACCCAGGAUUUUCAACCUUUGUAAUUUAUUGUAAAAUCGCGUUUUUCACAGCAUUUAAGGAGUGUUCUGUUGUGUUUUCAUCUUUAGUUUUUCAAAUGGGAAUCUAUAUUAAAAAUUCUAUAAAUAUAUGGAGUUUUAGUUAAAAUAAAUUUUAGCGUUUAACUGUCAAUCCGUUAACAGAUAUCAAAAAUUUCACCUAAAGAAUUUAUGUCAACUGUAACUCCAUUAAUUUAAUGCAUGUUCAAUAUAGGUUACUAUUUAAAAAUAAAAUUUAGGAAGCCAUUUCCCCCACAAAAAAAUUAUAAUGUAACAUUUUAGAACUAUUUGUUCCUUAAUAUUUCAAAAAAAAAAAUUUCAAUAAGUUAAUACUUUCCGAGAUGUAUCAUCGUAUGUAAUAAGUGAAUCACUCUGUUUAAACAAUAUAAUAAACGACGGUUUGGUGUAUCAUCAUUCCAUAUAAUAUUAUAAUAUUUUGACAUUUUUGUUUUAUUAUUUUAAUAUGCACUGUACAAUAUCGACCAAAUUGCAUGUUACAGUCAAUUACAUUAAUGGUUUUCAACGUGGGAGUCGUAACCCGCAAAGCGGUUCCGAAUGAUAGUUAGAGGGUCGCCAAAAACCAUAAGUAUCAUAUGUAUACUUUUCAUCGUAUUAUUCAAGUUUAAUUAAAUGAUUUAUUAAGAGUUCGUUAUAAAUGAAAAAAAAAAAUUAAGGGGUCACUUUCGUAAAAGGUUGAAAACCACUGGUUUAUACCAUGGAAUACAUAUUGGAAUACUGUUUAUACAGUAUUUCUGUGUAUUGUGCCAUCACUAACAUUUCCAUACUCAAAAUCACAUUUUUGCAUGAUUCUAACACUAAACGCUUAAUAUCAACAGGUUGAAGACACUUGAUAUAUUGAUUAACAUUUCACACGAUAAAUUUUCUGAAAAUAUCAUAGAAUAUUUAUAUUCAAACUUACACAAAUAUUACAGAGUAAAAUAAAAUUAAAUAAUAAAAUUAUUAAUAAAAUAAUAAUAAAAUUAAAUAAAAACGCCGGUUUUGAAGGUAGUAAAAAUGGUUAAAGUUUGUUAUUAGUUCAACUCUCUCACACUGUCCUUCCAUAGUAGGGAAAAGGUAGUUGUGGUAAUAUUCAUUAACACUCUGUAUAUUAAAUGUAUAAUUUAUGUUGUACAAUUGUUGUCUUCAAUGACCUUGUCCUUAUCUAGAAUAUAUUAUAAUAUAAAUAUCUAUACAAAAAUAUUUAUUUAUUUUUUUUGAGUUCCGUAACUUUUUAUAUUAUUAGCAUACGAUACGUGUAAUCAAUGAUAUACAAAAUGAUUCAUUAAAUACGCUCACCCCAUUUUUAGAAGUAAAUUAUUUAUAAAUGCAAAUUAUGAUUUCAGGAAUUUUUAAAUUUAAGUGGGGAGAAUGGAGCACUAUUUAAACUCUAGUCUGUGCCGCUAAACAAGUUAUGUUGGCGGAAAUCAAAAAUAUAUUUUACUA